AUGGCAUCCUCAUCUACAUGUAUGUAUGUAGCUGUAGAUUUUCAUUACAAUAGAAUGUUUUCGCCAAGCCCGUUGGUGUACUUAGACCCCGUAAAAACAAGUGUACGUGAUGUGGGUUUUGGGGGAUUUACGUAUAAAGAGUUUCUUUUGUGGCUUACGAAAUUAACCAAAGGAGCCUGUGAUAAUGUCUAUUACUGUAUUAGAAAGGAAAGCUUGUGUGAGGGUAUUAGAAGAAUCGACAGUGAUGUUGAUUAUUGGGAGUUUGUGGAAACUGUUUAUAGUCUUGAGAGUGAGUUAGAUGUGUACAUUGACCAGCGAAAUGAACCAAUUCUUGAUUGGGCUGAUAACGAGUUGUUAGCAGAUGGUAAAGGGUAUGAGUCAGAUGAGUUGGAUGAAGAGGAUGACAAGGAUUCUGAACUUUCAGAGACAAUGGAAUAUGAACAUGAAUGUGAUGAAGAG